AUGGGGAACUGGACUCAAGCCCUCCAGACAGAGUUCAUCCUGAUGGGAUUCCUCAACAACAAUGGCGGACUCCCUACCGUCCUCUCCGCCCUGAUUAGUAUCACCUUCAUCGUGGCCCUGACUGGAAAUUCCACCAUGAUGUUCCUCAUCUACAUCGACCCCCAGCUCCACAACCCCAUGUAUUUCCUCCUCAGUCAACUCUCCCUCAUGGACGCCAUGUACAUCUGCACAACUGUGCCCAAAAUGAUGGUGGACCAGUUGACUGGGCAGAAGACCAUUUCCUUCUCGGGGUGUAUGGUUCAGAUCUUCCUGUACCUGACCCUGAUGGGAGCCGAAUGCUUCCUACUAGGCCUCAUGGCCUAUGAUCGAUACGUGGCCAUCGGCCACCCUCUGCGCUACCCUGUCCUCAUGAGCCAGAAGAAGUGUGUCCAGAUGGCGGCGUGUUCAUGGCUUUUGGGAGCCACAGAUGGCUUUCUGGUCCCUCCCAUAGCCAUGAGCUUCCCCUACUGUGGGUCAAGAGUCAUCGACAGCUUCUUCUGCGAAGUUCCUGCCCUGCUGAAGCUCUCUUGCGUUGACACUUCUGUCUAUGAGACGGUGAUGUAUGUCUGCUGUGUCUUGAUGCUCUUGGUGCCCUUAGCCCUCAUCGCAUUCUCCUAUGGCCGGAUCGCCACCGUCGUGCUGGGCAUGCGCUCGGCUCAGGCCCAGAAGAAGGCCUUGGCCACCUGCUCUUCCCAUCUGAUCGUGGUCAGCCUCUUCUAUGGGGCGGCCAUCUUCACCUACAUGCUUCCCAAUUCCUACCACACUCCCGAGCAAGAUAAGGUGGUUUCUGUCUUCUACACCAUCCUCACGCCUGCUCUAAACCCUGUGAUCUAUGGCCUCCGCAAUAAACAAGUGGCAGGAGCUCUUCGGAAGGUGCUGCAGAGAUGCACUUCUGUACAGAGAUUGUGA